GCGAUGGCGCUUCUUCUGCUGAUCGGUUUGAACGUGGUGGUGGGAGCUCUUGCGUCCCCGCGACAAGCCAUAACUUGGACGGGACGGCGCGACAUGAACUUGGCUCGCACAGCUGCCUUUCGCCGCCUAAGGAGGGACGUGGAAGUAAAGAACGGGAACCUGGAUCGCAUUGUCUGCGUGCUGCUCGAGCUGAGCUCCCCCUGGUGCGAAAAGGGAGCGAAGGACACUCCGGGCGCAGCCCUCGAAGACGGAACUGGUGGAACCGAGGACGCGCUCCGGGAGGCCGCAGCUCUGCCUUGCAGGAGUCCCACUUGCAAGCUGUUCGCCAAAAGAAAGAAAGAAGAAAAAAGGCGGCCUCCAGAGCAGAGUCCUGACUCUCAGUUUUACAGCGGCUGGUGAUCUCGGCAUCCUUACAUCACCCUCUUGACUCCCAGUAUAUGACGCUGCAUAAAGAGAGAACAAAGAAUAGAAAAUGAACCAACAAGAAUAACUUACUGUUAAUUCUUUCUAUCGGUGCCAAAUACCUACCGGUAACGAAAUCACCGAUGUUGCUUUCCAUUUUAGGUCACAAGCUUUGAUGAAUAAAAGUCAAAGAAAUCAAGUGUUGUAGUUCUCAGUCAAGCUGUUGCCUUUUGUGACGUCGUAGAAAAGCAAUAUUCUAAUUACACAUGCGGAAUGGUAAAUUACACCAUAAAGUUAGGAAAUCUUUGCAUUUAUGCAGAGUCUGUUGCCUGUCAUGCUCAAAAAAAAAAA